UUCACAGCGUUAACACACUUUUUCCAACACACAGGAAUUAAAGAAUUUUUUUUAUUUAGCAAUUCUACAACUUUCAAAAAGAAUAUUAGAAUUUUCAUCAAUAUCCAUUACAACAAUUCAAAAUGUUUACGGAUACAAAGAACUUGGCAAAUUUAACUGUCAACACCUCAAAUGCGGCAGCCAAACAAAUCAACACCCACUCAGCUGAAGAUGAAAAGUUUAAAUUGAAAAAGAUGUGGAAACCCAUAUUACGGUUAAUGUCGCGAAAAUCGGCUUUGGCGAAAAAUGGCAAACGUGACAAUAACAGCUCCAUACCAAACAAUGUAAAUCUCAACAAUGCCUCUCAAUAUAACAGUUCAAAUAAGGAUACUUUAGCAGCAUUAGAAGACAGCAGUAGCAGCAGUAUUCAAACACAUAAACUGCCUUUGGCGGAAUUUUGGCAAACCCAGCAGCAGCAACAACAGGAACACCCCACCUCACAACAACAGACUUCAACACAACCUUUGGAAUUUCUUAGAAAAGCUAGCAUAGAUAAAACUCCCUUGGAUACCUGUACGAAUUGUGUUUAUGGACGCAAUUGCCAACAUACACAAUUCCAUCAAACACAAACUAUGGAUAUAAAUCUCUCACCCUUCCACCAACACCCCCAUCAGCAACAAAAUUUCAAUUAUUUUGAUGCCGAAGAUGGUUGCUUCGUUUGGUCAGACAAUAUGGGAGAUAUCGAUGAAAAUGCUUUAAGAGAAUGGUUUUGGCAAAAUUCUUGGCAGUUUGCAGAAAAUGCAACCAUGUGUUGAAGAAAACCUACCAACCAAAUAAACAUCCUCCUCCACAUCAUCAUCCUACCUCAACUACAACUCUGUGUUGUUUUUAAUACAACCCUGUUAUACCAAAACACAGUGCUGCAUUUGAUGCUUUUUCUAUUUUUCUCUUAACGGAAAUAUCAAUAAGGAUCUCAAAACUUAAUGUUGCUCAAAAUGUUAGUGAAAUUUAUUUUUAUACAACCACCAAUCAUAUCCCAAACC